GAACACCUCUCUCUCUCUCUCUUGCCCGUUCUCUCUGUUUCUAACUACCCGACUGCCCUAGCUGAACACUUUCCCUCUUUCUCAAGCACUCUCUCUCUCCCCCUCUAGGCCUUUUGACUAAAUUCCACAAACUGCUGGUUCUCAUUUGCAAUCCCUUUUAUGUUUGAUUGGUUUUCAUCAAUUCAGAUUGAGAUUUUUUGAGAUGGGUUCUCUCUGCUAUCACUAAAUUUUUGAGCUUUUGACUAAAAUUUUCGACUGGGUCGUAGUAGCUUUAAUUCCAGUUUUUGUUUGCGGUUUUGGAUGGGUGUGAAUAGUCAAUAGGAAUGUUUUCUGAAAUGGGUUCUCUUGUUAUAAAUAAAGUUUGAGCUUUUAUUGAGAGUUUUAAGAGAAGAAGAUGGGUUUAGGUCCUGAUUCUAUGAAGGUGGAGAAGUGGGUUGUGGAUAAAUCAAAAGAGAAGAAGAAGUCGAAAAAAAAUGUGGCAGGGCGAAAGGAAGAGACUGGUUGUUGGGUCAAAUUGAGGAUUAUGGGAAGCUGCAUGCCUUCAAGAUCAAAAGUUGAUAGUUCCACGAGUGGUCUUAGUACCCAAUAUGUGAACAAACCUGCAAAUGAGAAAAGCAGAGGUCCGCCAAUUGUUCCAAAUAUGUCCUCUACUUCGACCAGUAACGCGGAAAGUGCUUCAUCAACACCUAAAUUCAGUGAGGAAAUGAAGAUAGCUUCUCAACUUCGGAAGUUUACAUUUAAUGAGCUAAAAUUAGCAACUAGGAACUUCAGACCUGAGAGUCUUCUUGGUGAGGGUGGUUUUGGUUGCGUUUUCAAAGGUUGGAUAGAAGAGAAUGGAACUGCUCCUGUGAAACCCGGAACUGGGCUUACUCUUGCUGUUAAAACCCUCAACCAUGAUGGACUUCAGGGCCAUAAAGAGUGGCUGGCUGAAGUUAAUUUCCUGGGAAACCUUCGCCAUUCCAAUUUGGUUAAAUUGAUUGGUUAUUGCAUUGAAGAUGAUCAUAGGUUGCUGGCGUACGAGUUUAUGCCACGAGGAAGUUUGGAGAACCAUCUCUUUAGAAGGUCCUUGCCUCUUCCGUGGGCGAUCAGGAUGAAAAUUGCACUCGGCGCUGCGAAGGGUCUUGCAUUUCUUCAUGAAGAGGCUGAAAGGGCAGUGAUAUACCGUGACUUUAAGACAUCUAAUAUUUUAUUAGACGCGGAUUAUAAUGCCAAACUUUCUGAUUUUGGACUUGCUAAAGAUGGUCCUGAGGGAGAUAAAACCCAUGUAUCUACCCGAGUUAUGGGAACUUAUGGCUAUGCUGCCCCUGAAUAUGUAAUGACUGGACAUUUAACGUCCAAGAGUGAUGUCUAUAGCUUUGGAGUAGUUUUACUGGAAAUGAUGACGGGUCGUCGAUCUAUGGACAAAAACCGGCCAAAUGGGGAGCACAACCUUGUUGAAUGGGCGAGGCCGCAUCUUGCAGACAGGAGAAGGUUCUAUCGGUUAUUAGAUCCUCGUCUUGAAGGUCAUUUCUCUAUCAAAGGUUCUCAGAAAGCAGCCCAGCUUGCUGCACAAUGUCUUAGCCGUGACCCCAAAGCCCGACCUCUGAUGAGUGAAGUUGUUGACACCUUGAAGCCUGUGCCAAACCUCAAGGAUAUGGCCAGCUCUUCGCAUUACUUCCAAACCGUGCAAGUAGAUCGUUCCAAGGUGAACGCGAAUGCUAAAAGUGGCAGUAAACCACAGGGAGGAUUCAUAAUAAGGAAUGGACAACCAGUUAGGAGCUUAUCCAGUCUUAAUGUUCCUCAUGCUUCUCCUUACCGACAUUCUCGUCAGUCGCCACGACCUAAUGUGAAAGGGUCAUAACAAGGCAGUUUGUACACUUGUAUCAUGACUUUAAGCCUGCAUCAGCUUCUCCAGAUUAAGUUAUUGAAAACAACAUUGAUCUUUGGUUGUACUCUAUCUAUCGUCCUCUUUAUCAUUAAAAAUUGCUAAUCUAUACUGCUAGAUUUAUAUGAUA